AUGUGCUGUCAAAAAAGUUUUAUUUACAAGCGGCGUAAACAUUAAUAAUUAAUAAAACUAACAAAUUAAAACCAUGGCGAUACGUACAUACGGUGAUAAACCCAUAAGUUUCCAACUGGAAGAGAAUGGCGAAUAUUACUGCGUCGGAUCCGAGGUCGGCAAUUAUCUGCGGCUUUUCCGCGGCUCCCUUUACAAAAAGUACCCGGGAAUGUACCGCAGAUCCAUAACGAAUGAGGAACGUAAACGGCUGAUUGAUUUGGGGUUGUCCCAGCAUGUAUUGGCAAGCAGUGUGUCACUUCUUCGUGCUACUGAAGUCGAGGACAUUAUUGAGGGCAACGAUGAAAAUUUUAGGUACAAGGCAGUGUCGGUACACACAAGUGAUCCACCCCUGGUGCGUGAGGGCAAGAGCAAGAAAAACAUGCAGUGGGUCCCUUCAUUGCCCAAUUCCAGUCACCUGGACGCAGUGCCGCAGGCCACCCCCAUCAACAGGAACAGAGUAGCAGCCAAAAAGGUCAGAACGUUCCCGCUGUGCUUUGACGACACAGACCCGGAAAUUAACGCAGAGAACGCCUGCCAAGCUGAAUGUUUGGUGCCCAUACGUCUGGACAUGGAAAUCGAGGGGCAAAAGCUGCGUGACACGUUCACGUGGAACAAGAACGAAAGUCUGAUCUCACCGGAACAGUUCGCCGAAGUUCUGUGCGACGAUUUGGAUUUGAAUCCUUUGACUUUUGUACCGGCGAUUGCUCAGGCCAUCCGUCAGCAGCUCGAGGCGUUCCCGCCCGAUCCGCCCAGUAUUAUCGAGGAGGCGUGCGAUCAAAGGGUUAUUAUUAAGUUGAACAUUCACGUGGGCAACACGUCAUUGGUGGAUCAGAUUGAAUGGGACAUGAGUGAGAAGCAGAACAAUCCAGAGGAGUUUGCGCUCAGACUGUGCGCCGAAUUGGGUUUGGGAGGAGAGUUUGUGACUGCCAUUGCUUAUUCAAUUAGAGGGCAACUGUCAUGGCAUCAGAGAACUUACGCCUUUUCAGAGGCGCCCCUUCCCACUGUCGACGUCCCAUUUAGGUCUACAAGUGAAAGUGAUGCUUGGGCACCAUUUUUGGAGACAUUAACUGAUGCAGAAAUGGAAAAGAAGAUCAGAGAUCAAGACAGGAAUACCAGGAGAAUCAGACGAUUGGCCAAUACCACUCCAGGGUGGUAGAAUAAAACAUUUUAAUUAUUUUACUUUAUUUGUUAAGUAGAAAUUGAUUUUAGAAUAUUUUUACUUUACUGUUUAUAAACCAAAUCAUCUCAUUUAUAUUUUAAUUUUAUAAUAAGCUUAAAUAAAAAACAGUAUUGGGUUUAAAAAUAA